AUGUGUCGCUUUCUGGUAUAUAAAGGCUCAGAUGCCAUCUUGCUUUCUAAAAUCAUUCUGGAACCCACCCACUCAAUUCUUAAUCAGUCCUUCGACUCUCGCCUUCGUUUGGACAUGAGAAGACCUCAUAAUGGCGAUGGAUUUGGUAUUGGUUAUUACACAGAACCUGAACUUGGACCUGAACCAUGUAUCUUCACAUCUACUAUUCCUGCGUGGAACUGUAUCAACCUUCAACGAAUUGCUUCAAAGACUGCUUCACCACUUAUAUUUGCUCACGUACGAGCUACGACCGAAGGCUCCCUCAGCGAUGAUAACUGCCACCCUUUCUCCCACGGGAGUUUGAUGUGGAUGCAUAAUGGUGGAUUAGGUGGUUGGAAACACAUAAAAAGACGCCUGGGCGAAAGACUGGCCGACAAAUGGUAUCUUGGAGUUCACGGAGGAACCGACAGUGAAUGGGCAUUCGCAUUAUACCUGGAUACACUUGAGAGAAUGGGUCAUAACCCAAGUGCUCCACCAGCUGAGGGAUUUGGUCCAACUGUUUUAAGGCAUGCUAUGCUAGCCACCAUCAAACAGAUCAACGAUUUCAUUGCCGCAAUCCCAGGAAAGACAAUCGAGGAGGAAAAUCUGGACAUUCGAAGCUUGUUGAAUUUCGCAAUAACCGACGGGCAUAGUAUUGUCUGUACUCGUUAUGUCAGUAGCAAAAUCGAUGAGGCAGCUAGUCUGUACUACUCCUCCGGCACUACAUGGGAGGACAAAAGUAACAAAGGCGAAUAUCAAAUGGAUCGUCGUGAUAAGGGUGCUGAUAUCGUCCUCGUCGCAAGUGAACCGUUAACAUUCGAAAGAGAAAGCUGGGUGACAGUUCCAACCAACUCCACUUUGACAAUUCACAAGCAAACUGUUAUGGUACAUCCAAUUAUCGACGAGUAUUAUAACCACAACCCAUAUCAUUCGCGAUCCUCUCAAUUCGUUACCGAUAAGGGUCUCGUUACCAAUGAAAAGUCAACGCCAGCUCCUACGCCAGCUCCUACUGGAUCUACACUAUUACAUCAAUCACUUACCAGAACAAUCAUCCCAUCAUCAGCCAUGUUAUCACCAAGAGAAAAUUAUGAUCCCAAUACGGUGAAUAACGCAUCACACACAUCAGCAAUCUCAGAUAUCAGACAUGCCACACCAGCAGCAUCUCGUCCCUCGAUUUCUUCCAACAAGUCUGGAGAACAAGGCAACACCAAAAAGAAGCGAGCUGCGGCUCCUGCCCCUACGAUCGUACAAAUACCAGCUAACACAAUAAAUGCUGGAACAUCCAAUGGAACAUCAGGAGUCGAUUACAUAGACACGCCUGAUACACCAGAACUGACAAAAAAUUCUGACAGCAGAAAUAAAAUAGCGCAGUAUUUCCCAGAGCUGGAUAGUAUUGAUCGGAAUUGA